UUGCGACCGCUGAUUGUUGCGCCAUCACUUGAAGAAAGUGCUGUGGUUCUGCUGUGCUGUUCUACGUGCGAGUGUGAUGAUGGAGGACGACGAUGUCCCACAGCUGGUGGAGGCCGACGACGCUGCGCCUGUCGUUGACGAGGAGACUGCACAGCAAGAGAUUGAGGAGAAAAAGGCCAAGGCAGUUCCCGUGACCAUCCUUACAGGCUAUCUUGGUGCCGGCAAGACCACCCUCCUCAACUACAUCCUCACAGAGAACCAUGGCCUCAAGAUUGCCGUCAUUCUGAACGAAUUUGGCGAAGGGAGUGCCGUGGAGAAGAGCAUGUCCAUUGGCCAGGACGGUGCCAUGUACGAGGAGUGGCUGGAGCUGCGCAACGGGUGCCUGUGCUGCAGCGUGAAGGACGUGGGCGUCAAGGCCAUCGAGAACAUGAUGAAGAAGAAGGGCCUCUUCGACUAUGUUGUCUUGGAAACAACUGGCCUCGCUGACCCAGGUCCAAUUGCGUCCAUGUUCUGGCUGGACGACGCCCUCUGUAGCGACGUCAAACUCGACGGGAUUGUGACGGUGAUUGACAGCAAGUACGGCUUGAAGCAGCUGGGCGAAGAGCGCAGUGAUGGGUCCCUCAACGAGGCUGUCAGGCAAGUGGCGUUGGCGGACCGGAUUGUGCUGAACAAGGUCGACCUUGCCAAGUCUCAGGAGCUGGCAGAGCUCAAGGCGAGCAUCCAGGCCAUCAACUCAACCGCACUCAUCGUCGAAACAAACUACAGCAAGGUGGACCUUUCGUUUGUGCUUGGCAUCGACGCGUAUGACGCUGACGAGCGCUUGGAGGACCUCAAGGCGCAGGCUGUCACCAGCACCCCGCACCUGGACUCAUCCGUACGAACGGUGACCAUCGCGCUGCCCGGCUGUGUGGACGAAGAGGAGGCGGAGCGCUGGAUACAGGACCUGCUGUGGGAACAGCAACUCGACGACAAGCCAUGCGGUGCCGAGGUGCUGCGCAUGAAGGGUGUCCUCUCCAUUCGUGGAUCAGACAACAGACACAUUCUUCAGGCCGUGCGCGAGCUCUACGAUAAGACUGAGACGACCGAGUGGGGUGAUGCCGAACGUGUCAACCGCCUCGUCUUCAUCGGUCGCAACUUGCCUGAGGAAGACUUGCGUGCAUCGUUUGCGAAGCUUGUCAGCUCAGAAUAAACAACCCC